CUGGGCUCUCUGGGGGCGGAGUGGUCACUAGAGAUUUAAAAAGCCGCCACUUCCUUGGGCCCUCAGAGGGCACCGGGAGGUCACAGCCGCUGAGGGACAUCCAGGACCUCUGUGAGCCUCUGCUCCCUGCCUACGCCAUGCACCUCUGCCAGGGAGAUGCGCUGCUGACCGGGCCGCAGGACCCACCAGAUUGUCAGAAGCAGCUGAAGAAGAAACAGAAAAACCGGGUGGCUGCCCAACGCAGCCGGCAGAAGCACACAGACAAGGCAGAUGCCCUGCACCAGCAGCACGAGUCCCUGGAGAAACACAACCGCACCCUGCAGAAGGAGAUCCAGGCCCUGCAGGCUGAGUUAGAGCGGUGGACUCGGACCCUGCAGCUGCACCAGCGCCUGUGCCGCCUGGACUGUGCCUCCCACCCAGCGCCGGGGCCUGCUGGCUGCUGGGGCCAAGCCGAGCAGCCCCCCGGACAGCCUGCGGCCCGUGGACAACAUGGCUGCCGGAAGCAGCAGGGCCUGCUCCAGAGCCCCGCCGCCUCUCCUCCAGCUCACACGCUCGAUCCAGGUCCACACCCUCAGGAUUCCCCGGGCCUUCUCCCACCCCUUCUGCCUGUGCUGCCCCUUGGCCCUGCUGUGGUGACCGUACCUCCUGCCCAGCCGUCCCCUAGGCCUGACCUCUCUGCCUCGCCCACUGGCUCUGGCCUGCUGGAGACUUUCUCCAAGCUCAGUGCCAUCCUGCCCAGCCCUCCAGCCCAACCUGCCCCUCCACAGCCCCUUGGGCUGGAGCACCCCACCAGGGGGGACCUGGGGUCCUCUUCCCACCACGCUUCAGCUGCUCCAGGGCCUGCGUUUCUGCAGAGGAGGGAGCAGAAGCCUGUUCGCUGGGCAGCAGACUGGCCGGCGCCCGCUGUGGAGCCCAGCCCUCACCCUCUCCUGGCCUUCCCACUGCUCUCCUCUGCUCAAGUCCACUUCUAACCUGCUCCCGGAGCACAGCUGCCCCUUCCUUGGGCUCAGGAAGCAGCCUCAGUUCCUCCUCUGCUGCUGCUGGAGGCUGUCCUUGUCAGUUGACCAGUCGGGCCAGGAUUUCCCUGGGGAAAAGGAAGCCAUUGCUGAGUGCCCACCAUUGUGGCAGCCCGUCACCACCAAUGUCUUACUCCAACCCCACAGUCACCCUAUGAAUCAGAAUUUACCAUUCCACUUUUUCAAAUAAGGAAACAGAGACUCAGAGAAAUCAAGUGACAUGUUGAAUAUCACACAGCCUUAAUUUUUUUUUUUUUUUUUUUUUAGUUUUUUACACAGCCUUUCUUGGGACUUGAAAUACUAGCAUCUGCUGUCCUAGUGAACUCCUGGCCCAGGGCCCUGGGCCGAGGGUCUGAAGUCCUCAAAACAGGCCUGGUAUAAGGAGGGUUUACUGCUGGGAGCAGAGAGGGCUCUCCCCUCUGUUUUCCGAUUCCCAGGGCAAGAGUCUGGCUGUCCCAGAAAUACUGCCCUGGCUGGGGACAAUCCAAAAUUCAUACUGGGUGAGAAGUCAGGCAGAAGCCCAGGAGAAGACUUGCUUUUUCCCAGUAGUGUGUCCAGUGCCGAGAAACCACUGAAUCGGAGUCAAGGAGGCCUGGGGCAGGCCCCUCUUGGACUUCGAGGCUGGUACCCAUAACCAUUCCAAGGCCUGGGGCAGAUUCUGCAGGAUCAGCCCUCCCGGCUAGUCCCAGGUAGCUUCCACCUCCCCUUCCUCAAGGCCUGGCCGGUGGACCUCGGCGAUCCAUUCAUCCCACACACCAAAGGCAGGAGGAGAGACUGAGGGAGGUACCGGUGCCAGCGUCCUCUCUGGCAGCACCAGCACCCUGCACAUCCCCAGGCCCCCAUUACCUCAGAGCCCCUGAAGCAGCUCCCUCCUGGCUCUCGGGCAGGGGCUGGUGGGGCCGAAGAACAGGGCCUGGGACCCAGCGGGGCUCGGGGGCGUGUCUGCCCUCAGAGGGGAGGUUAGAUCAGGUGAUGGCGCCAUCCACGCUCCAGGGCGAGCGCCCCAAGGCGCUCUUCACGCAGACACUCUCGCAUGCAGCUGAGACACCUGUCAGACUCACACUCCGGUGCUGGGCACCAGUCGUGGCACAUAUGAUGGCAAAUAAAGUGUU